AGAUUACCUUCUUAAAAUAAAUUGAUUAACUAUAAAUCCAAAUUCGAUCAAAUUAAAUAAUAUUAUUUUCCAGGAGUAAAUAUCAAAAUAUCCUCGAAGAUAUAAUCAGUAGUUGUGCACAUAGUUCGAAAGAGUCAUUAAUUUUGGAGUAUUAGUAUGGACUAUAUUCUUCGCGCAUUCGCAUUGACUGUGCUAUGCGUUAAUCCGUAAUCUCUGCGACCUUUAGCUUAGCUGAUCACCGAACAAAGCCGUGGAUUCACUGUUCGAGAGCCUGAAUUCGAAGCGACAAAUUCGCUGUUUGCGCUCAUUUUCACACGAGGAGCUGUCGACUGUCUAUGAACUUGAUUUCUCUGUUUUACGGGAGCCCAACUGGAGCUACUCAUCAAGAAGUAUUCUGGUGCAAAACUAGCUACGCAUUUUGUAUGUUUCCGAUAAUCUUGCCAGACAGCUAAGCCUAAUGCAAUGGAUCUGCAACAAACCGUGCAAGAUCUCGCGGAGGCAUGGGUGGCUGCAAGUACCGACACAAGUUUUAGCCGAACUCAGUUACAAGUGUACGGAAGUGGUGGUGCACAGGGCGAAGGUGCGGAGGAAGGCACAGAACCAUCAACGUCAGGUGAAGGUGACUUCAGCAGUGCCAACCCCAUGAGUACUCCUUCCUCCCCUCCUCCCCACGGGUUGCCGAGCGGAGACAGCUUGGCUUCCUCGCACAGCAGGAAACGCAAGCAGUCCAGCCCUCAACCCAGACGGGAAGGCUCAGAGCCCGCUGCUGCUCCUGGCCUGCCUGAUGCUGCUGCUUCAACCAACAAAGGAAACCCCCACCGUCAAAACGUGUCAAAGAUUCAGAUAAAAAGGAAGGUGAAUAAGGGAAGGUGCUGCUUUGGAAUUGUUUUCAGGUAUCAAGGCAGACGUGCCUUGGUUCGUUCUACCCCGAUAUCCCAUGAGCCUUUACCGCAGACCCGUCUUCAAUGAGGGAAGAACUCUGUGUGUCCACUGGGAGAGGAUUAUCUUUUAAUGACAUUUAUAUCUCACUUUGAUGAUGCUUCCACAAGGGCUCUAUUAUUAGCAGUGAAAUCCCUUGAUAAAUGGAUUGUUUCAAACAUACUGUAUAUUGAACUUUACUUCUUGGGUUUCCGACUUUCCGAAGAACUUGACUUCACCAACACCUAUAUUUAAUUCCGGGAUCGUUGAAAGAUGUUAGUACAUUUGUUGUAUUUUGUGUUGAAGAAUAAGGGAGAAAGGGUCCAGUGAUUGGUAACUAAUUUUGUAAACCCACACUCUGUAAUUGUUGUUUGAUACCACUUUGGAGACCUUGAACUUGACGAAGUUUAUGAUGUAAGGUUAUUUGAAGACUACGUGUAUCGUACUAUUAAAUGUUACGUAAAUGUUUGUUCAUCAGAGCUGGAAUGAUGUUAAGUACAACAUACGUACAGUAACACAGAGUUAAUGCCCAUGUGAAAAGAUGAUCUACACGUUAAGGUUAUACUUUACCUUCCUGCGACUUGGAUUUUUCUAAAAUUAAUUCAACCGAAACAAUAAAAGAAUUAAUCCAAAUGC